UAGUGAAUGCAGGGUCCGGGGAGACCAGAUAUAGUGAAUGCAGGGUCCGGGGAGACCAGAUAUAGUGAAUGCAGGGUCCGGGGGAGACCAGAUAUAGUGAAUGCAGGGUCCGGGGAGACCAGAUAUAGUGAAUGCAGGGUCCGGGGAGACCAGAUAUAGUGAAUGCAGGGUCCUGGGGAGACCAGAUACAGUGAAUGCAGGGGUCCUGGGAGAUCAGAUAUAGUGAAUGCGGGGUCCUGGGGAGACCGGAUAUAGUGAAUGCAGGGUCCGGGGAGAGUGG